ACCGCCAUGAACGGCACGAGGGGACGCGAGCGGGACGACGACGACGACCAAGGCGCACAAGAGCACGACCAGGGCAAGCGCAUCAACCUCGAGCUGCAGCAGGGCCCAAACCACUACGACAUCUACGCGCUCCCGUCGUUCCUCCCGCCGUCACCUCUCCUCGCCUCCUCCUCGACGACGCACCAGUCGUGCGACCUCAUCGUCGUCAACCGCUCUGCGGGUCUCGCCACCGGGCUCGGCCUGCGUCUCGGCCUGUCCUGUCCGCCCGUCGACGCCGCGUCCGCCGCCCCGACCCACCUCGUGCCCGUCAAGGACCCGGGCUUCUUCCUCCCGCGCGAGCAGGGGUACGACGCCCAGCAGGCCGUGCACCUCGGGUGGGUCGAGGAGGAGCGCCUCCCCGAGCUUGAGCGCAUCGUGCUCGGGUCCGAGGUGCCCAAGGUGUACGACCCGCCGCGAGGAGGCGAGGUCCUCGAGUGGUUGCUCGGCGUCGGGAGGGCGCUCGAGUACCAGGGCAUCCUCAGCAAUCCCGAGCUGCUUCUCGGGCGCCUGCUCAGACCCAUGCGCUGACGUUGUCGAGCCCUAUAGAAGCGGUGCGUCUCUCGUCCUCUUUCUCUCGGUCCUGUACUUCUAGCCUCUCGCGGUCGACACGGACAUGUUCAAGUUGUUUUGGAAUACAGUGCACGUCGUCUCU